AAAUGCUUACUUUGUCUUCUUUUUUUCCACCCAGCUUCUGCCAGAUACAAUUAUUUUUUUUUCCAGCAGUCAUCGUGCUAUGCCGAAUGUGAACCGGCUUGUGACCAGCAAUGUUCUAAGUCAGCAAUUCCUGAAGAAUGCCGAUCAAUCUGUAAACGUACCUGCGAAUAUCAGUGUAUUGCACCGCAGCCAUGUCCAUCGUCAUGCAACUUAUCCUGUGUACGAAGAUGUGUCGGAAUUCUAAACGAGGGUGAAUGCCAGCCAUAUUGUCACCAGACUUGUCAGCGUACUUGUCAACUUGCAUCUGAAUAUGUUAUUCCUUGUCAAAAUCAACAAGCACCAUGUGCUUGUCAAAAAGGCUUUGUUCAAUGUGCCUCACAACAGUGUUGUGUAAGAAAGACUAAAAGAACAAAAAAGGUGAAACUGUAG